UGGAGAUGGACACCAUGUAUGCCUCACUGGACAAACCUACUGAAGACUAUUAUAACAGAGCAGCGCCAACAAAGGUCAGGAAAGCAGGAUACCAAGAGGCACCAGUGCUUUCUGCUAAUGUGAAUAAGACAGCCAGCUGGUUCAAAGCACUGCUCUUCUUAUGUUUUUUGCUGGUACCUGCACUUGUUGGUCUUGCUGUGUAUCAUUUCACACACUGUAAUAAUAUGGGUAAUGCAGACAACCUCAAGAGAAAUAAUGUGCUAAGUCAAAGUAUGAUGUGUCAGAAAUGUACAAAUUACACUGCCCUGUGGAGAAAGUAUGAAGAGCUGAAUAAGAAUUACAGUAGUCUUCAGAUGCAGUAUGAUCAGCUCAAUGAUAGAGUAAUGACACUGGAUAAAGUCUGUCCUUUAAGAGACAUCUCAAAGCAUGGUCAGACUUGUUCUUUGUGUCCAAAAAGCUGGUUACUCUUCACCUGCAAGUGUUAUUUUUUCUCCACUGAUCAAUUCAAUUGGAAUGACAGUCAAGAGAACUGCAUCUCAAAGGGGGGACACCUGGUUAUUAUACAGAGCAAGGAGGAGCAGGAUUUCUUAACAUCAUUGGUGAAUUCUGAAGGAGGUACUGAUAAAUCCUACUGGAUUGGACUGACGGAUCAGGUGACAGAAGGUCACUUUUUAUGGGUGGACAACAAACCUUUGGACAAACAAAAGCAGUUUUGGGCUCAAAGGGAAAGUGAUGGCGGAAUGGAGCCAAACAACAACAUUAAUUAUGCAUAUAGUCCUAAUGGAGAGAAUUGUGUGGCACUGUACAAAACAAAGAGCUAUAGUGGCUGGCAUGAUGUGGAGUGCAGAACAUAUAAGAAAAGGAUCUGUGAAGCAGAACCGUCAUCUUUUUGAAGAUGUGUCUAAAUUACAGAUGAGACAAACUGAGUAGGCAGCUUCAUUCAUUACUUGGAAUCAAACACGUUUUCCAGCCAUUACUAUAUUGCCAAUAACUUGACCAAAAUAAUUGGCCUCUGGUAUCUGCUCUCUUUUGUCAAUUGGGAAUUCAAAAACAUCUGGAACAUGAUAUUCUAAACAGAAAGAGCCAGAGACUUUUAUAGAAGUAUAAAUGUGACCUAAAUGUUAAUCAUUUAAGGUAUUCACGGAAAGAUUGCACAAAUGGAACCAAAGCACAGGAGAGAAAUAAUGUUAGAUUUAAAUUGAUUAACUAAAUUUGAAAACUUUUAUUUUUUUUAUAAUUACGUGAAAAUUAUGGUCGAAGACUGGGUUGGGUCUAAUUCCACUUUAUAGUUAAUCAAGAUGGUUUCACAUUUUACUUUAACACAACAGUAGUUAUACACAUGCAAAUUCACCAGACUUAUCAACAAAUCAUAAUUUUAUGAUGGUGAAGGGCAUAUAUUUUUUUUUAUUUGGGACUAUUGUGAUUGUAUUGUAUAUCCUAUGUACCAUUUGUUAAAUAUAAGAGAAGUUGAGAGUUAUGCCUCUUUCAACCAUUGUAAAAUGGUUAAGUGUGAAUUUCUAGAGCAUUUUCUCCAACUUGUGAUUAAGUCAUUAGUAGCUUGUAAAGCCUCAAGGUAAGGGUAAUACAUAGCUAACUAAAAUCGGGACACAACUGAAUCAGUAAGGAUUUUUUUGGGUUGUUUUUACUUUUUCUAAUUUAGCCAUACAGUAUAACAACAACUAAAAACUUUACGUAGUCAAAUUACAAAUUGGUAUUGUAAGGUAAACAAACUUUAAGUGAUCAGGCAUCCCACCUUGUCAUUUGGUUUGUGUAUGAUUCAGUGACGAAGUGGCUGACUCACAGUGAGAGGAGCAGGAUUCAUGUCCUGAGUCUUACCUGUGUGAAGUUUACAUGUUCUUCCCGUGUCUGCAUGAGUUUUCUUUGAGUGCUCCUAAAACAUGAAGGUGACAUGGAUUGGAGAUGGAAAACUGGCUCAAGUAUGUGUGUGGUUUGUGAUUAACCAGUGAUGGACUGGUGUCUUGCCAGGGAUUAUUCGUGUCAUGUGCCCUGUGAUUGCCCGGGUCCACCCUCGGUGAUUCAACUCCGGAUUAAGCAGACUUAGACUUUUUUUUUUUUUUUUCAUUUAUUCUUAGUUACUCAGACUCGUUUUUAACUCUUUUCAACAGAACACUGAGGCUCAAGUUUAAGCUUGAUCUGAGGUCACAGAAAAAAUGUGUGUAUGUAAAUGUUUAAACUUUAUGACAUUUAUUGAGAAAAAAUAAUCAAUGAGAGAAGUACUUAAUUUGCAACUAUUAAGCAAAAUUUAAUAAAUGUUGAAUUGCAGUAUGUGGAAUUUUAAAAUACAAGACAACAUGUUAGACAAAGAAACAGCUUAAUUCAUUUGUUCAUAUACUCUACUUGUUUGAAAAGCAGCCUAUCACAAC